UGGGCGUGGCUAGCGUGCAGCUCUGUGACCCGUGCGAGGUUGAGUGGCAGCUCGGGCUGGACCGUGCGACGAUCAACCCUGCCUCCGUCCCCGGCGAGCUGUCCGUCAAACUCCGAAUAAAAACACUCCAUUUGUGGCGGUGCAUCGGGGUUUUACUGCACGGCUGAACGGCACCGAGUCCCGUAGUAAGUCCUCGCGGACCAACGUCGUUUGAAACCCGAGGACAAACCGACCAGGAUCGUGGCGGGUAGCGAGGAAUUUCGUGAAUUUUUUUCGAAGCGCGGAGCUCUAUCCAACAUGGAGGAUCAGAGGUACCAGCACCCGGUAGCGUCCGUGGCUAGCGCGAUGCCUCAGACCGGCACGACUCUGGGCCAACACCCCGGGGGGAUGCCGCCUCACAUGCAAGGGAUGGGCGACAACAGGCCCCCGCCGGACGGGCAACAACAACCCGAGGGGGAGGGGAGGAAGCAGGACAUCGGCGACAUCCUGCAGCAAAUCAUGACUAUCACCGACCAGAGUUUGGACGAGGCGCAAGCAAGGUUGCCCGAGAAGCACACGCUGAACUGUCACAGAAUGAAGCCUGCACUUUUCAGCGUCCUCUGCGAAAUCAAAGAGAAGACCGUUUUGAGCAUCAGAGGUGCACAGGAGGAUGAGCCCCCAGACCCCCAGCUGAUGAGAUUAGACAACAUGUUGCUGGCGGAGGGGGUGGCCGGCCCAGAGAAGGGGGGCGGUUCGGCAGCCGCCGCGGCCGCAGCGGCGGCGUCAGGUAUCGACGAAUGGGGUAGCCCAGGCCAGGCAGACAACACAAUCGAACAUUCGGACUACAGAGCGAAGCUGGCACAGAUCAGACAGAUCUACCAUACAGAGCUGGAGAAGUAUGAACAGCAGGCCUGUAAUGAGUUCACCACCCAUGUCGUGAACUUGCUCCGCGAGCAGAGCCAGAUCCGGCCAAUCGCGCCCAAGGAGAUCGAACGCAUGAUCUCCAUCAUCCGUAAAAAGUUUAGCGCCAUCCAGAUCCAACUGAAACAGAGCACAUGUGAAGCCAUCAUGAUCCUUAGGUCCCGCUUCCUAGACGCUAGACGAAAGCGAAGGAAUUUCAGCAAGCAGGCAACAGAAGUCCUGAAUGAAUACUUCUACUCGCACCUGUCCAACCCUUAUCCUAGUGAAGAAGCAAAGGAGGAGCUGGCUAGAAAAUGUGGCAUCACGGUAUCACAGGUGUCAAAUUGGUUUGGGAAUAAGAGAAUCCGCUUCAAGAAGAACAUUGGGAAGGCGCAGGAAGAAGCUAACCAGUACGCAGCCAAAACUGCGGCCGCAGCUGCCGCGGCGCAGCAGCUCUCCCAAGCAACCAGUGCAUCCCAUGACAACGCGAGUUCCCCCGGCGACUCCGGAACUCCCACCACACCAACGCAAGGGUUUGGACGGUCCCUCUCUGCCCGGGAUCCCAUGUUCAUGGGAAUGAACGGUGACCAGAGCUACUCCGCUGGACAGGUGGGAGCUAAUGUGGAACAGCAGGCCCAGGCCCUGAGACAUGUGAUCACCCAGACACGAGGGUACAACACUGAGGAUAACACACCCAUCUCCCAGACUCUACCCUCCUACUACCCACCCUCCACAGGCAACAACCACUCCUCUAUGCCAGAUAUGAAUGCACCAGCUGAUACAGAAGGCCAGGACCGCAGCACCCCUCCUCAGGAGAGUGGCACGCCCAGUAACCAUGGCAACAGCAGCACCACUAACCCUGCAGGGGGUAACGAGUGGUCAGGUGACCAGGCGCCACCCUCGCUGGAGUUCCCAGCUAUCCAGGGAAUGAAUGGCAGUGAUGAAGAUGAUGAUGAUGAUCAAGAUGGUGAGGGAUCCCAGAAGGGGCCAACCAAUGGCAGCUCUUGAUCUUCAGCCUCCCAUAUCAUGUUCCAGAUAGAACAAUAAAAGCUCAUUAUGUAGGUGUAUGUACACUGGGGUUUGAACAUUCAAGCUGACUCCUGCCACUUGUAUUUCGAUUGACAGGGUUCAACAUAUCCAGUGACUGUGUGUUGUCACAAUCAUCUUAUGGCGUGCAUUUUUUUGUGGGUUAAAAGUCUUCUCAGAUUUAUUUUACAAAGUUGAUAAUAUUAGCUACUCCUGUUGUAUUUGCCUCACUUGAAUCAGAAUUUAUUACAUUCAACAUUGGCUUGUACAUUAAUAACAACAGCAAAAGUUGCCUAUGGAAAUGCUUUGAUAGCUAAAAGCUGGAAGCUGAUUUGACAGUAUCGCAAGAAACUGAAUCAAAGAAAAUUUGCUCAUAUUUGUCCAAAAUUUGCAGGUUGAAACUGUCGGAAUGAUCUAUCAAAUUGAAGUCAACAGUAGGGAAUACUGUCGGAAAUAAAAAAAAUAUAUUCAGCACUUCAGAUUGGCAGUAGCAAAUGUGUUUCUAGAUGGUGAUUUUCAGCUUUGAAAGCAGUAGAAACAGAGGCAUGCAGUGAUGUGUCUGAACCCUGUAGAUCUUUACUAUUUCAGUAACUGUUACAAGUGAGGAGUGACAUAGACGGAGCUGUUGGUGUCACCUGACUGCCAGUUAGGAAGGGGACCAAGAGUGUGAUGUAACAAUAGUCAGGAUAUGGACAACACCUUUUAAAGUCUUGAGAAGGCAUUCUGUAGAUAGUACCACCUCUCACUGGUAAAAGUGCUGUAUGAAUCAUUGUUGUACUUCACGAUUACAACAGAAAUUGUGCAAACUGUGUAUCAUUUUGGUCAUUUUCAUGGUUAAUUCCACAGGAGAAUACCUGUAGAUCUAUUAUGGAGAACAAAUGAACAAAAUGCAUCUUCAACGCUCGAAAGUUUUCACAAAUUUGAGCAGGGAACCAAACUGUAGUGGUUAGUCAUGUGACCUGUUGUGACCUUUGACCUGUUGUAUGUGAGUGGCUACUCCUGUUGUAACUUAUGAUGCAGUGUCAGGCAUUAGUAAUUACUGUUUGCAGUUUAACACAAAUUAGCUAAUUUGAGAACAGGUACAGGCAUCCACCCCUGAGGCAUAGCCAAAAAAAAAGCUUUUCAACAUGCACGGUAAUGACCAAACAGAUAACGUUACUGUUUCACUAAGUGUAACGCCAGGAUUUUUAAAAAGAAAAUCAGUGAAGCAUAAAGAGAGACUUGAAAUUACUUACCAAUUUCCUAGUAUUAUUUAGAGAAAAACAUUUGGAGAUGACACUUAAAAACAGCAGACAAAUAGUAGUAUUUUUUCCUGUUGUGUAAUGGGGUUAGGUAGAAAUUAAGUAGAUGAUCAUUUUUAAAACGAAACAUUCAUAAAUAGCCUGUCAAUCAUGUAAAAUAACUGUCAUGUUGUCAGCUAAAUUUAACUACAUAUUAAUGAUUUUAUUUCACUGUGUUCACAAAGUGGACGCAGCCAAAAUUAUGUACAAGAAAUCUUUUAGCUAAUUAAUGUCAAAUAAGUGUUGUAUAGAUAAUAUGUAGUUUAGUAGUCUAACCAUGUAGUGUAGGUAGACAAUGUGCUCCCAGAGCAUAGGAACAAACAAGUAAGGUAGAAACUGUACUCAAUGUUUUACAUGUAAAGAAUUUUUCUUUUCUUUUUU